AUGGCUUUUGACGAAUUAAAAAAUUGUCUAUCCAAGAUUCCUACUCUUGGCUACUAUGAUCCAAAUGAUCGUACCCAAGUAACCGCCGAUGAAAGUCCGGUAGGUUUAGGCGCUGUACUGAUUCAGUACGAUAACAAAGGAACCCGCAUCAUUGCCUUCGGAAUCAAGAGCCUGACAGACAUUGAGAAACGAUACUGUCAGACCGAAAAGGAGGCAUUGGCUUUAGUGUGGGCAAUUGAACACUUCCACAUGUGGGAUAUGGGAAAAAAUUUGAGCUUGUCACAGACCAUAAACGUCUGGAGGUUAUAUUUGGUACGCGAUCAAAGCCUUGUGUGCGAAUCGAGUGCUAGGUCCUUCGGUUACAAGCAUUUGAUUAGGAAGUUAUUUAUAAGCCCGGAAAAUCCAAUAUAG